AUGGGGCGGGCGAAGUCGCAAUCGCAAGUCGUGGGACUGGGAGGGGAGAUGACAAGGCCAUUGAGCAACGAGGAACGCCGCGUCGGCACUCCCGUGGUGGUCACUUGCAAUGACCAGAGACGGGAGGUUUCCGUUGCCCAGAACAUCGCUAACAAGCACAUUGAUCGCACCUUUGCAUUCGACAAAGUGUUUGGACCAAAGUCUCAACAGCAGGAUGUCUUCAACCAUGCUGUUGUGCCACUUGUCAGCGAGGUUUUGGACGGCUACAAUGGCACAAUAUUUGCAUAUGGCCAGACUGGAACUGGCAAAACAUACACAAUGGAAGGAGGAGGGGGCAAAGCACUGAACGGUGACCUCCCAUCUGAUGCCGGUGUCAUUCCAAGGGCUGUUAAGCGCAUAUUUGACAUCCUCGAGGCACAGAGUGCAGAGUACAGCAUGAAGGUUUCUUUUCUUGAGCUGUACAAUGAGGAGCUCACUGAUCUUCUAGCCCCCGAGGAAUCUAAAUUCUCUGAUGACAAGUCCAAGAAGCCUAUGGCACUCAUCGAGGAUGGCAAGGGAGGAGUCUUUGUUAGAGGGCUCGAGGAAGAGCUAGUUUCUUCAGCUGCCGAGAUCUACAGGAUACUGGAGAGAGGCUCUGCAAAGAGAAAAACUGCUGAAACUCUUCUCAACAAGCAAAGCAGUCGCUCACACUCUAUUUUCUCUAUCACCAUCCAUAUUAAGGAAUGCACACCUGAAGGUGAGGAAAUGAUCAAGUGUGGAAAGCUUAAUCUCGUUGACCUUGCUGGCUCUGAAAACAUAUCUAGGUCCGGUGCUAGAGACGGGCGAGCUCGUGAAGCUGGAGAAACACUUGGGCGUGUCAUUAAUACUCUUGUUGAGCACUCUGGACACAUACCAUACAGGGAUAGCAAGUUAACAAGAUUGUUAAGAGAUUCUUUGGGAGGGAAGACAAAGACUUGCAUCAUAGCAACCAUUGCACCUUCUGUACACUGCCUUGAGGAGACGCUAAGCACCCUGGAUUACGCGCAUCGUGCAAAACACAUCAAGAAUAAACCAGAGGUCAAUCAGAAGAUGAUGAAAUCUGUGCUCAUCAAAGAUUUGUACUUUGAAAUGGACCGUCUCAAGCAAGAAAAAUACAACAGGAUCAUUUCCCAUCCACGCAUGGAGAAAAAUGGUGUUUAUAUUCCGAGGGAACAACACUUAGCAGAUGAAGCUGAAAAAAAGCAUGACAGAGGAAUUCUUCAGGCUAUGUCAGAGAAACUGGAUCGUUUGGAGCUUAUUUUGGAAUCAAAAGAUAAGCAAUUAGAAGAGCUUCAAGGACUCUAUGAUUCUCAGAAAGUUAUGAGUGCAGAUCUAAGUGAUCAACUUCAGACAUUACAGAAAAGAAUGAAGGAAACAGAGUGCACCCUAGCGGAUCUUGAAGCGAAAUACAUGAAGGCAAAUAAUACUAUUAAGGAGAAGCAAUAUUUGAUAGAAAAUCUUCUUAAAUCAGAAAGGAAGGAAAAGAUUGAAGAUACAAAUAGAAGUACAAUUCAACAUUUCCAUUCCCAGCUGACUCAAGACAUUAGUAUCUUGCAUAGAACAGUCUCAACCUCGGUCUCUCAACAAGAGAGCCAACUAAAAUCACUUGAAGAAGAGAUGCAAUCUUUUGUCACCUCAAAGGGCAAGGUUGCUGGAGGGCUUCAAGAGCAUGUAAGAAAGCUCAAAGAGAGCUUCAAUUCUAGGGUAGCAGAAUUGCAUGGUUUCGCAAAUGAACUCAAGCAUAAAUCUGUGUUGAGCUUUGAAAACCUUAACUCGCAAGUUAUCACACACACAUCUGGCCUUGAGGACUGCAUGAAGGGCCUGUUGGUUGAUGCUGACCAAAUACUCAUUGCACUACAAAAUGGGCUUUCUCAGCAAGAAGUGAACUUUGCUACAUUUAUUGAGCAGCAGCAUGAGGGGCUCUCUAGAAAUUUGGAGAGAACAAAGUCUGUUUCGACAACUACAAUGAACUUCUUCAAAACUAUAGAUUCCCAUGCAUUGGAGCUCAUAAAGAUUUUGGAAGAAUCACAGAUGGAACAUCAAAAGCAACUCUUCCAGCUUCAGAAGAAGUUUGAGGCCUUUGUUGCUGAUGAAGAGAAGUACUUGAUGGAGAAGGUUCAAGACGAUAUAUGCAGCCUCAAUAGGACUGCUUCUGAGCGUUCAAACAAUUUACAAACCAAAACUACCAAGCUUCAUGAUUUUACAUCUUCUAUGAAAGAGCAAUGGGAAGCCUACAUGAAGAGAACUGAAGAGGCAUUCCAACAAAAUGUAUCAUCUAUUGAACAGAAACGAUGCUUCUUGGCAGGGAAUUUGCAGCAAUGCAAGGGAAGGGUAGAAUUAUGUUCAGAACAAUGGAUUACUGCACAAAAUUUGGUGUUGGCGCUUGGAAGAAACAAUGCAGAAGCCAUCAGUUCAGUCAUAAGUGAUGGGAAUGAGGUGAGCAACCAACUGGACGCAAGAUUUUCAUCUGCUGUCACUGCUGGAUUUGAAGAUAGUGACAUUUCAAGCAAAUCCCUUCUUAGUUCUAUUGACGAUUCAUUAAAAUUAGACCAUGGUAUUUGCGACAAUGUGAAAUCCAUCGUGAUGACAUCCAGAACAGAACUUCAUGACUUGGAACAUGGUCACUAUGAGAAGACAAAAGGAAUAACAGGGAAUGCCGAUAGAUCUCUGGGAGAUGAUUAUAAGGUGGAUGAAGCAACUUGUUCAACACCAAGAAGGCGUGAGAUCAACAUUCUGAACAGCCAAUCGAUCAGGGAGUUGGUAACCCCCCUUGAAGAUCUCGUGAAGGCAUUUUGGGACAGCAGAACACCGACGAAGCUUGCUGUAAAUGGAAACGGGAAGCAGCAGUUGGCAGGGUCGAGGACACCCGAAACACAGAGCCCCUCUUGCUGCGAUAAACUAGGGGCAUCAUUGCUGUAUAGACAGUUUCAGGUGGCGGUGUCUUGGAAUUGA